GACGGGGAUUGGCUGUACGCGGUGCGGCGGCCAUCUUUAUUUAUGUGUCAGACAGUUUUGCUCCGAUGGAUCCGCAGUGAGAGGCCGAGCCGGGAGAGUAGAUUCCCCGAGGGGGGAAACAGGAAAGGAAAUUCCGCAGAGAGUUGCAGUUAACCCAGUAUGGAGGUUCCAGUCUUGGGGGAGCCGGACGGGGUUCUUCAGGGGACGCCACCCGAGAGUGAUCAGAUGAAUGUUCAACCAUAUGAGCAUAAUGAACAGAAUGCUGAGGAACCUGAAAUCGCUCCAAAACCAAAAGUGGAAUCUGUUUCUGUUGUGACUGAAGCAGAUGAGAUUAUACAUGGCAACCAUCCCCAGGAGAUUGUACUCAGCACUCCCGAACCUGUGGAUUCCAUACUGGAGGUACCAACAGCACCCCAACAAGACAUCACUUCACAAGCAUCUGAUAUGGAUGGGCCUAAGGAACUGAUAACAGAAUAUCGUCAGGAUCUAGAUAUACCAGGAUUAAUAGAGGACUCUGUUAAAGACAUAAUCACAGGGAGUCAUUUUGACACAGACUGCACUAAAGGUUUGCUCUCCAAUAUCCAAAGCUCAUCUCCGCAGGAAAGUUUGUUGGAGGAAAACAAAGAAGAGCUCAGCAGCGCAGAAUUUGAUUUUAAAAGGCCAAAUGGGCUGCACAAAUCAGAACUGGCUCUUAAUAUGCUGGAAAAAUGCGUCCAAGAUAAAUAUCAACAGCAGGAACAGACCAUAUACAGACUGAAAGAAGAGAAUAAGAAACACCAAGAGCUCAUCUUGGAAAUCUGUUCUGAAAAGGAUCACUUACGGGAAGAGGUGAAAAAGCUGAAGGAGGCGCAAAAGAAGUAUAUUGGCUCCGUCAAACAGCUGGAAGGGAAAAUGGAGGAAGUCAACAAGGAGCUGAAAAUGUCUAAAGAUAAACUCCUGGCACAGGAUUCCUCCGCCAAGAAUGCAAUUCAGCAGCUUCAGAAGGAGAUGGCCUUCCGGACAGAGCAGGCAAAUAAAAAAUGUGAAGAGGCACGCCAAGAGAAAGAGGCGAUGGUCAUGAAGUAUGUCCGAGGGGAAAAGGAGUCUCUGGAUCUCCGGAAGGAGAAGGAAACACUGGAGCGUAAACUCAGGGAGGCAAAUAAGGAGAUAGAGAAGAGCAGUAACCGGAUCAAACUUCUCACUCAGGAAAAGGGACGAUUGCACCAGCUCUGUGAGUCUAAGGAGAGUGAAACAAGCCGACAGAAUCGAGAGAUUGAAAAACUUAAAGAAGAAGUGAACUCUUACGCUAUUAAAGUAAAAUGGGCCAACAACAAGUUAAAAACAGAACUGGAGACACACAAGGAAACCAAAGAUCGUCUUAAAAACACAACGCUGAAGCUCAAUCAAGCAAGAGAAGAAACAGAUCAAAUACGCAGGAACUGUCAGGAAAUGAUCAUGUCAUAUAAAGAGUCUGAUGAAAUUAAAUCUAACAAUCUAGACGGAAAGCUUAAAGUGACCAAAGUGGAACUAGAGAUGCAAAUGCAGGAGAAAUCGGAGCAUCUGGAGGUGCAUCAGGCAAAGAUAAAAGAGUUGGAUGACCUGAAAAGGACUUUUACAGAAGGCAUGGAUGAACUCCGAACACUGCGCACUAAGGUGAAGUGCCUGGAAGCAGAGCGUCUGAGGACGGAGGAAGAGUUAUCCAAGUAUAAAGAACUGAUUAACCGGCAAAAGACUCAAAUCCAGAAUUUACAGGACAAAGCCAAGUCUCUGGAUCAGCAAGAGGAGCAACAUCAGAGGGACAAACAAGAAAUGGAAGGUUUGCGGGAGGAACUCGACAGCCUCAACUCCGUCAUCUCAGACCUGCAAAAUGACAUCGAGGGCAGUCGCACCAGGGAAUCGGAGCUGCUGGGAUUCACGGAGAAGCUCACCAGUAAGAACGCUCAGCUCCAGUCCGAGAGCAACUCCCUGCAGGCUCAGCUAGACAAACUGACAUUCAGCGAGAGUGAACUGCGCAGCCACUUGGAACAGCUCAGGCACCACAACUCUCAUCUGAAUGAGCGGAUCCUUACAGAGGCAGCACAGUGGCAAAAGCAAGUGCAAGCUCUUCAGACAGAGUUGGAAGAGCAACAGCAACUGGUCACCUCUUUAAACACCCGGGUUGAGGAGCUGAAGAAUGAGCUGGUGACCCAGAAGCGGAAAAACGCUGUCAACCUGAAGGACCUGAGCAAGCAGCUCCAGCAAGCACGCAAGAAGCUGGAACAGACGGAGAAUGGGGGCUGCGAAAAAGAAGUGAGCAGUAUGGGAAGUCGUUCCAGUUCCUCAGGGUCUCUGAACGCAAAGAGCAGCAACGAGGAUCGGUCGCCGGAGAACACGAGCUCCUCUGCGCAGGGGGACAGCUUUCCUGAAGUGGAUAAAGCCAUUCUCAUCGAGAGGAUCAUUCGGCUGCAGAAAGCGCACGCCCGGAAAAACGAAAAGAUCGAUUUCAUGGAGGAUCACAUUAAGCAACUUGUGGAGGAAUUAAGGAAAAAGACAAAAAUCAUUCAGACUUACAUUCUGCGGGAGGAAGCCGGGACUCUUUCUUCGGAGGCCUCUGAUUUAAACAAAGCUCAUCUGAGCAAAAGAGGAGGAAUUAUGGCUUCUCUCUACACCUCCCACCCGGCCGACAGUGGCCUCACCUUAGAUCUGUCCUUAGAGAUCAACCGGAAGCUGCAAGCGGUGCUGGAGGACACGUUGCUAAAGAACAUCACCCUCAAGGAGAGUCUUCAGACUCUCGGUACAGAAAUAGAGCGGCUUAUUACACAGCAGCACAAGGCCGAGCGCAGAAUGUAGCCGGAUCCUACGAGAGACUUGUUUAUUCUGUAGCCACGGACCCGUUGCUUCGGAGCAGAAGUGAGAAUAGAAUCUUUCUCCUCCUUAAGUCCCAAAUUGUAACCCCCUCAGUGCCGGGGGGUUUUUGAAUCCCACCAGCUGUACAGAUAACAGUGAAGAAUUGUAUCGUUGGAGGUCUGAGCGAGACCCUUCUUUGUGCAAUCGACUUCCCGGUGUUUAAAUAACUCACCGUGGAAUUAACCAAACAAAAGCACUUGCACUACCUCUCACAUAUAUGCAUUUAUUUUGUCUAUAGACUGAUCCGCUGCACUUUAACUUUUCCUGAAAAAUCACAGAAACGGCGCAGAUCUUGUGUUUUGUUGCAAUGACUGUGCCGGACCUUUGGCCCCUGACUGAAGCAAACAGAAGCUUUAGGAGCAUUGGAGAAGGUACUAAAGAGCGGAGAUAUGGAGGUCUCUAAUGUUUGGGCAUUAGUCCAUCACGUUGUUGCCUUAUUUGUGCCCGGGGGUGCUGCUACGUGAGUUUUGGGCUGUAAUGCGUUGCUAUAGGCAACAGAUAAUAACGUUACACCCGGCCAGGACAAAGGCACCGCAUUACACUUUAUUAUUCUGUGAGUGGCAGAAAAACCAUCUCGGAAUCAUCAAAGGGGACACUGUUUGUCGUUGGCUGUAAUUUAAUUACGCCCUUGAUCUACUGCAAAGUCCUUCGUUAACUUGGUUGCUCUGGGUGUUUUAAUUUGUCUCCCGAGGGAUUGUUUGAUGAUUUCCUGCGCUUCCCUUGGAAACCUCAUUAGACGUCACCUAUCUGUCAGCCUGGCUGUUAUUUGCCUCCUGUCUGCCCAGCAACUGCCAGCCAAGGGUUCAUUCAUAAUGGGGAACGGGGGGCGGGGAAUGGCAUUUUGAAACGUUUCCUUGGGGAUGUGAAUCGUUGUUUUAAUAUGAUUAUUUUUAUCGGUGUAUAAUAAUAAUAAGAAAUGUGUUUAUUUGUAUUUAUAGAUUUCUAUAGUCGGUAGUUGCUGCUCCGUGUCUCCACCCACAUAUCGGAAGUGGAGGUCCCCGUCUCGUGCACCUUUAGUUGGAAUGCAGCUGGUAUUCUGCAGAAUUAUGACCCUCUUUAUAAUCGGUAUAUUUGUCCCUAAAUAGCCGGCAAAGUAUGUGGGUAUGGAGUUAUUUGUGCAGCAAUGUUUCACGCUUUUAAAUGUAAACAGGACGGAGGUGUGAUUCAAUGCAUUGCAGUUUUACAGUUGGAGAAUGCAAAAGCAGAGGCAAGCAGCGUGGCAGCUCCCACGCCAUUGUGUCUAAGUGGCAAUGCUGCCAGGGUCGGACUCUGCUGGCGGGAGACUGGAAAAAAAAACCCUGGUGGGCCCCAACUCUCAUGGGCCCCAACUCUCAUGGGCCCCCUGCUCCUGGCCCAGGCCUGCUCCCCCAGCUGCCUCAUAAAGACCGAAUCCUGUGCUCUUUCGCGCAUCUGCAUGCCUGGGAUGGGAUUUGGGAUUCAGAAGGGGGCCCUGGGAUUGCCAGGAGGGCCCUAUCUUUUGCAGCCCCAGUGGCCCCCAAGGCUCCAGUCCGACCCUGCAUGCUGCUGUCUGAUAGAUCACAGGCUCCCCUUGUCUGCCUGGUAUAGUUAAUUUUUAAAGGAGAACUAAAGCCUAACUAAAGAA